AUCUAUCCGCCUCCUCUUCGCUAGUCAUACGAUCCCUGUAAAAGUGGCACAUAUACAUAUCGUUCAACGAAAAGUUCCAAGUAGUGACAGGGGAACUGAUCUUUGUCCCUGUAUCUACCGCACCCUUUGGCCGUCCUUGUACCGACAAAUAUCUUUCACGGCAAAAUGUCAUCCGUGUCCGGACAAUGUAGACGCCUAUUGGUUGCUAUCGUUGUAAGCUGCCUUGCAUCGAAUACGAAGGCGUUUGUCCCGACCAGUGCGUCUUCGAAAACUCGCCCAUUCCGACCAAUAAGAGCGUACAUGGCGAUCGAGCCGGAGACGGCUCAAAUAAUCGCUGCCAGCGGUGAAUCGCAUCUACCAGCGAGUGAUGCUCUGUCGGUGAUAGGCACUACUCCGUACACGGAGGUUGUAGACGCCAUGCCCUCUUUGUCGACGGCAGCCUCGGAUGUUAUCUUAAAACCCGCUGCCGGACACACGCAACCCUUCUGGGGAACGCCGGAUCCCUAUCUGACGGCUGGAAGCUCUAUCGCACCGCCAGCGAAGAACCUGGCAGAUAUGGGCGUAGCCAAGACAACGGAACUCUCCAGUCUCCCGGAACAGGUGCAAAUCGCGGCUUCCAAGGGUUGGAAGAUACUGGAAUUUGAAAGCAUAAAAACGGAAAAUCUGUUGCCGGGCUUUUCACCGACGGGUGGUAUUUUGUCGGCGCACAACACCGCCAUUCCUGCCGAAACACCCGAGACGUUUGCGGCACAAGUCGAAUGGGCGGCAAAUUUUUUGAACGUUGUGGAUAAACUCCCGUACGCAGCGCUGGCGUACGCGUUUGUCGAAUUUUUCAUCCUGCGACCGGGCAUUGACUUGUACAAGGAAGAUGUAGAGGAAGAACCUUCGGAUGUAUUGGCCGAAACGAUUGUGACUACAGGAGUCCGCAUGGGUGCCUUUUGUCUCGUCGCCAUAUCCACCCUUGGUAUCUUUGGAUGAUCAGGAGGUAAUCUGCUGGCGUUUGUGUCCAUGGAAGCAAUCGACCAGUACAUUGGAAGUUUACUGUAAGAAAAACCCCAAAGUUU